CGAGAGGGCUCGUCGAGCUUGCUGGCCGGGCCACGCAGUGCGCUCAAUUUGGACCCAGCGCUGCUAAGCGCUGCUCAGUAGCCUCAAAGCUGCGCGCAGAACGAGCGCGCCCACAGAAAUUCAGCUCUAAGGGCCGGGAAAAAACACCCACACAAGACGCCCCUGCCGCAUAUACGAAAUUAUACACCCCCCGCGCAUGGCCCCGCCGCGCGGCCCACGGAAAGAACACCAAAGGCAAGCGACGAGGCCGCCGCUGAGCCCGCCGCGCUCCUCGCCUACGAUGGCAGCGGUCGAAAAUCCGCCGGCGCCGCCCGUCCUCGAACCCGUCCAGCCGUCGCCGGAAUUGGUGCCGUCGCCGCCGCGCGAGGGCUUGAUUCCCAUGCCGAUCGGCGCCAUGGGCAUGCCCGUGCCGCCGCCCAUGUUCCUCGCGGGCGGUUUGGCCCCUUACCCGCCGCACUACGGCGUCCCCGGCCCGUACCCUCCCUUCGCGGCGAUGCCUGCCAGCUUGGUAACUAAUCCGCCGCCCCCCGACACGAUCUUCCAGGGCACCGUCACGAACUUCGGGCACUUCCCGAAGGACGGCACGGCCUCGAGGCACUGCUACGGCUUCAUCAAGGUCGACCACACGCACAACGAGGUCUUCGUGUCGGAACAGGACGCCCCGGACGGUUACUUGUCGCAAGGAGACCGCUGCGAGUUUCGCAUUGUCGACGCGAGGACGAACAACCGACGGACGGGCGCGAAGCAGUGGAAGGCCACGGACGUCGUCUGCAUUCAAAGAGUGACGCCGAUCCCCGAGCAGCGGCCGCGGCGACUUAGUAGAGUGUCUCCUCCGCAGUCGCAGCCCGACAAGGUCAAAGGUACACUACUGCCUCCCGGAGCUUUUGCACCGUUGUUACUUGAUGCGUGCGGCUGCGGUGCGCAUGCCGCUUUACUCGAGAAGGCCCAGAUCGACGAUGAUAUUUUAUUUGACACGAUUACGUUCGAGGACCUCCAGGCCGCGGGCCUGCCGUCGCUCGACGCGCGGAGGGUGAUUGCUCGUUUAGAACAGCUCAAAGCACCGUCAAAGUCUCUGGAACACAGCUUCCCUCCAUUAUCAAACGGCAAGGCGGCUCCGCCGGUCAAGGAGGAGGCGGGCUGGUCGCAGGUCGCGAAGCCGGUCGUUCCGGAGGCCGUAGUACCGGAGGCGCUCCCCGAGGAACCCCCUGUCAUCAUUGAGGCGCCGGCGCCGGCGCCGGCGCCCUCGCCGCCCGAGAAGCGGAAGAAGCGGCCCGCCAAGAAGAAGCCGGAGCCCGCGCCCGAGCCCGUCGCUCCGGAGCCGGAGCCGGUGCCCGAGUUGUCACCAGAGGAGAUUCAACUCCAAAGAGAUAUCGAUGAGGCCGUGAAGGCGUCCCAGGAGACCCAGGAGAGUUCCUGGAGCAGCGUGGUCAAGAAGGACCGCAAGGGCCGGCGCGCCGCGCGCGAGAAGCCAUUGUUAAAUGGAAAGAAGCCGUACGAGACGUUUACGCUCGAGAUUAAUGGUUCCAAUGCGUUGGAGGGGUGUCGGCUGUACAAAGAUAGUAUAGAUGAAGACUUAGAACAGCGUUUAGUCGAUACGGUGGACGACAUGCUCGCGAGGGACGCGCGGGGCACCUUGGGCGGCCAGCCCUUCCAAGGCGGCCGAGCCAGAAAGAUGAAACAAGGACAAAGUAGGACAGAUGUGCAAGCGGGCCCGAAGUUCGACGACUACAAGCACCAGCAGAUCCUGACCGAGGGCGACACGCUGGCCGACGGGUCACUAUUUGCUCCCGAGCCCAUGCCCGCUGUGGCUCGAGAAUUGCACGAUGCUCUCAUCAGACGAGGUGUCCUAUCAGAGGACGCGCCCUUCGCGGACAUCUUCCUAGCGAAUGUUUAUGAGAGAGGGCAGUUCACCUUGAACCACAUCGACGCGAAGUACAUCAAGCGACCCUUGAUCGUCACAUCUCUGUUAUCGUCGGGGACCAUGGUCUUCGGCAAGAAGCUCGCGCGGGACCAGGAGAAGAACGGCAGUCGCUUCUUCGGGAAGAACGGUGCUGGUACGAAGCAGAUCCGGCUGCCGCCUCGUAGCACGCUGGUGCUGGACGGCGUUUCUGCCAAUGACAUCCAGCACGCGAUCAACGGCGUCGACAAGCGGCGCAUGUCGAUCCUCAUGCGCAUCGCCGCGUAGAUGACACCGACCCGCGCCGGCGCUUGCGCGGGGACACACUAACUUGUGGUUUGAUG